GGGUGUUUGUUUGUUUUACAGCUCUGCCUUUUUCUCUUAUAAGCAUGCUUGUCACCCAGGGACUUGUCCACCAAGGUUAUUUAGCUGCUAAUCCAAGAUUUGGAUCGUUACCUAAAGUUGCAUUGGCUGGGAUCCUGGGCUUCGGCCUUGGGAAGGCUUCCUACAUAAGAGUGUGCCAGAGUAAAUUCCAUUCCUUCGAGGAUCAGCUCCGUGGUGCUGGCUUUGGUCCCGAGCAUAACAGGCACUGCCUGCUUACCUGUGAGGAGUGCAAAACCAGGCGUGGAUUAAAUGAGAAGGGGUCCCAGCCAUCACAUUCCUAAACCCCGGCUGUGCUUUUCAGUGAUUUCUAAACCUCUGAAUCUGUACACGUUUAAACUUUCAAGUGUACUCUAAGGUAAUCUACUUCUAUUGAAACAGAAACCUUGUCCUUCUCGCGUUCCUUUGAAAUGCUUGUGGUGGAAGGCUCUCAGUUGACUUGAGCAUGGCGUAUUCUUCUGUUCUUCGAGAACAUGUUGGGAGCCACCACACACUACCCAGGAAAUAAAGUUACACCCCUCCAUAGCUUACAGCUUCCUGAGAGAAUUUUGAGUAGCUUCUGGGUAGACUUUCCUGCAAUUCUUUUACUCUGCUUUUCUUCUUCUUCUUCUUCUUCUUCUUCUUCUUCUUCUUCUUCUUCUUCUUCUUCU